AAACGGCGUCAAAAUCGGGCUAACGGUGCCGCACAAUUGGGUUGAUAACACAUUUUUUUUUCUAUUGUACUAAAACUAGUGGAGCAGAAGGGGGCUAAAGAGGCGCAGGCAGAGGGCCAAGUAGCAGAAAAAAUGUAUAUAUAAAUUUAGUAGUAAUUGCAGAAAAAGUGUAUACGGAGGUGGAGAAAACAUAAAAAAUUCAUUUAAAAAAAUUGUGUUCAAAUGUGGAGAAUUCCAGUAUCGCUGUAUAGCAAGAAAUCGAAUGCAUUGUGCAACCCACCAAAUAUCAUUUAAAAGCGUCAUGUAAAUAUGUAAAUCGCCAAGAAUAGCAAAUAUAAAUCAUUACAACGGCGACGGCAGCGGCGGCAGCUACACUCAUCCAACAGCAGUAGGAACAACAGCCAACUAACUAACCGACCAAUCAACCCACAAUAGCUAAAAUAGUAGUCAGCCAAACAACAAGAACAACGUCUGGGUCGACAGCCAAUUGACCGUGCAAUCAAAUGACAAAUAACAAGCGACAACGGUCAUAGUCAGCAACAACGCCUAAAAGUAGAUUAUCGCAACCACGCGAAAUUCAAAAAACCACACACACACACACACACACAUGCAUCCAAACGUGGGCUGUGCCAGCAUGCAAAAAACAAAAUAAUUGAAAGCAAAAGCAAAUUAUUAUAGUCAGUUGCUCAACCAACCAACCAACCAACCAAAUAGCCAGCCAACUGACUGCAGAACGCAUUCCCCGGACUGCCACAAGAAUUUCUUAAGUGUGGGCAGCAUUAGCAGCUGGCAGUCGGUAGUAGCGACAUUCCUCAACCGCCAGCCGCCGAGAUAUCCUUUUUAACCCUCGUAGUGUAUGUGUAGCUGUGGUGAACCGUGUAGGCGGUUAAUUGGAAAUUUACUUCUGUCAACGGUUGUGCCAAGAAAGCAGUCAAAAUUCACCGGCUAAGCAAGAGUGAUAUAAGAGCGUGACAGAUACAAUAUCAAUUAAAAAGUAUGAUCAUAAUAAUCAAUACAAAAAAUACACUGUAAUCGUUGUAGCACCCACUCGGGAUUAAACUAGGAUCAGUUGUUUCAAACUACUUAAAUGAAUAAAAAAAAAACAAAAAGGUAUCAAAGCAAAUUUCAAUAAAAAAUACUUUCUUGCGUCGCCUUAUAAUCGUAAAUAAACUGCACACAUACAUAUGCCAUUAUAUAAACUACGUAUGUAAAAGCCGAGGGGAGAAGAGCAAAAGAAAAACACUAUACAUAACUGCAGAAAUAAAAAACAAAAAUUGAAAUUCUUAUAAAGUAUUCAACUUAGAGGAAAACGUAAACAAAUAGCAGUGUGUAAAGCGAGGCAGAAACCGCGGAUCCACCGCGGCAUAUUAUGUCACGAGACGAUUACAAUCCUGUAACUAGCUCUGGUGUUCGUAGCCCGGGUCGCUCAAGGCGGCUCACGGAAUUGCCAACAGUCGAUCGAUCGCCAUCACGAGACUACGGUACACGUGGAAGUCCACUAGCAAUGGGCAGUCCAUACUAUAGAGACAUGGAUGAGCCAACAAGUCCAGCCGGUGCGGGCCAUCAUCGGAGCCGGAGUGCCAGCAGACCACCGAUGUCACAUGCCAUGGAUUAUCCAAGAACACGUUAUCAGUCGCUGGAUCGCGGUGGCUUGGUUGAUCCACAUGAUCGUGAAUUUAUACCCAUACGUGAGCCACGCGAUCGCUCACGUGAUAGAUCGCUUGAGAGGGGAUUGUAUCUGGAGGACGAGUUGUAUGGACGCUCGGCGCGACAAAGUCCAAAUCCUAUAGGCUAUCAAACGGGCUUACCAUCAUCGGAUCGAGCGUAUUUGGGCGAUUUGCAACAUCAGAAUACCGAUUUGCAACGUGAAUUGGGUCAACUUAAACGUGAAUUGGAGCUGACAAAUCAAAAAUUGGGCAGUUCAAUGCACAGCAUAAAAACAUUUUGGUCGCCGGAGUUGAAGAAAGAGCGUGCGCUUAGGAAAGAGGAGAGCGCCAAAUUUAGUUUAAUCAAUGAUCAGCUAAAAUUGCUGAGCACAGAGAAUCAAAAACAAGCAAUGUUAGUGCGCCAAUUGGAGGAAGAGUUACGUAUGCGCAUGCGUCAGCCGAAUAUUGAAAUGCAACAACAAAUGGAAGCAUUAUAUGCGGAAAAUGAUCAUUUACAGCGCGAAAUUAGCAUAUUGCGUGAAACAAUUAAAGAUCUUGAGUGUCGCGUAGAAACACAAAAGCAAACGCUCAUCGCGCGCGAUGAAAGUAUUAAGAAAUUGUUGGAAAUGUUGCAAACUAAAGGAAUGGGUAAAGAAGAGGAGCGACAAAUGUUCCAGCAAAUGCAAGCAAUGGCCCAAAAACAGUUGGACGAAUUCCGUCUUGAAAUACAAAGAAGGGAUCAAGAAAUAUUGGCGAUGGCGGCCAAAAUGAAAACGUUAGAAGAGCAACAUCAGGAUUAUCAGCGGCACAUAGCGGUUCUCAAGGAGUCGUUAUGUGCCAAGGAGGAGCACUACAAUAUGUUGCAGACUGACGUUGAGGAGUUGCGCGCCCGCCUUGAGGAGAAGAAUCGCCUGAUUGAGAAGAAGACGCAGGGCACACUACAAACAGUGCAGGAACGGAAUCGUUUGACUAGUGAACUCACCGAAUUGAAGGAUCACAUGGAGAUUAAGGAUCGCAAGAUCAACGUGUUACAGCGAAAGAUUGAAAAUCUCGAGGAUCUGCUCAAAGAGAAGGAUAAUCAGGUGGAUAUGGCGCGUGCACGUCUAUCGGCAAUGCAGGCUCAUCACAGCAGCUCCGAGGGCGCUCUCACAAGUCUCGAAGAAGCCAUUGGUGAUAAAGAGAAACAAAUGGCCCAACUGCGAGAACAGCGAGAUCGUGCCGAACAUGAAAAGCAAGAGGAGCGUGAAUUACAUGAGCGUGAAAUUGCCGAUUACAAGAUCAAGUUGCGCGCACUCGAAAGUGAAGUGGAAAAGUUGAAUACACGCCUGGAGCGUGCCGUUACCGAACGUGAACGAUUGGAAAUCAAGUUGGAGGCAUCGCAAAGUGAAUUGGGUAAAUCGAAGGCGGAAUUAGAGAAGGCCACAUGCGAAAUGGGACGCAGCAAUGCCGAUUGGGAGUCAACCAAACAACGUAUCGCACGCCUUGAAUUGGAAAAUGAACGCUUGAAACAUGAUUUGGAACGCUCACAGAUGCAGCUAGAUGAACAGACCACACUACAUAAAACAACAUUUGGCCGCACAACCAUGACAACUUCACAAGAACUGGAUCGAGCACAAGAGCGCGCUGACAAGGCAGCUGCAGAACUGAGGCGAACACAAGCUGAGCUGCGCGUCACACAGUCGGAUGCCGAACGUGCUCGUGAGGAGGCUACAGCAUUGCAGGAGAAGCUGGAGAAGAGUCAGGGUGAAGUUUACCGGUUGAAGGCGAAGCUUGAAAAUGCACAAGGUGAACAGGAGAGUUUGCGCCAAGAACUGGAGAAAGCUCAGAGCGGUGUUUCACGUAUACAUGCCGAUCGUGAUCGGGCCUUCUCGGAGGUGGAGAAGAUAAAGGAAGAAAUGGAACGAACUCAGGCCACACUGGGCAAGGCACAACUGCAGCAGGAGAAGCUGCAGAACUCAUUGGAUAAAGCCCAGAACGAGGUCGAUCACUUGCAGGAGAAGCUCGACAAAUCGAUUGCUGAAAAUCGACGUUUGGUGCUCGAAAAGGAGAAGCUUACCUAUGACUAUGACAACUUGCAGUCACAGUUGGACAAGGCGCUGGGUCAGGCGGCACGCAUGCAAAAGGAACGUGAAACGCUCACACUUGAUACGGAUCGCAUACGCGAGAAAUUGGAGAAGACGCAGAUGCAACUAGCACGUAUACAAAAGGAGCGGGAUCAGUUCUCCGAUGAGUUGGAAACACUCAAAGAACGCUCCGAAUCAUCGCAAACCUUACUGAUGAAAGCGGCGCGCGAUAAAGAGGCUAUGCAAACCGAUUUGGAAGUGCUCAAGGAGCGUUAUGAAAAGUCGCACGCCAUACAACAGAAAUUACAGAUGGAGCGCGAUGACGCCGUCACUGAAGUCGAAAUACUCAAAGAGAAAUUGGACAAAGCGCUCUAUGCCAGUCAGAAACUGAUCGAUGAGAAGGACACCUCGAAUAAGGAGUUCGAGAAGAUGCUUGAAAAAUACGAUCGCGCACAGAAUGAAAUCUACCGUUUGCAAUCGCGAUGUGAUACUGCCGAAGCGGAUCGCGCACGCCUUGAGGUGGAAGCCGAACGUUCCUCUCUGGCCGCAUCCAAAGCGCGCGAGGAUCUGCGCAAAUUACAGGAGGAGAGCACACGUCUGCAGGAAGCCUGUGAUCGUGCUGCGCUGCAGCUUAGCAGAGCCAAGGAGAGCGAAGACAAUGCACGCGUCGAACUCGAUCAUAAUCGCGAACGCUUCGACAAACUGCAAACUGAUUUACGUCGUUCGCAAGGCGAAAAGGAUCAUUUGCAAUCGGAACUGGAGCGUGUCUCGUACGAAUUGGAGCGUGCACAUGCCGCACAAACGAAAGCGAGCGUCAGCGUGGAAGCCGCUAAAGAGGAAGCAGCGCACUAUGCCGUUGAGCUGGAGAAGAUGCGCGAGCGUUAUGAGAAGAGUCAAGUGGAGUUGCGUAAACUUCAGGACACCGAUACAUUUGGACGUGAGACCCGCCGCCUUAAGGAGGAGAAUGAGCGCCUCCGUGAAAAACUUGAUAAGACCCUCAUGGAACUGGAGACCAUACGUGGCAAGUCGCAAUACGAGUCCGAAUCAUUCGAGAAAUACAAAGACAAAUAUGAGAAGAUUGAGAAUGAGAUACAGAAUAUGGAAUCCAAACUGCAUGAGACCACCCUGCAAUUGGAAUUGUCCAAGGGCGAGGUUGCUAAGCUACUGGCCAAUCAAGAGAAACAGCGUAGCGAAUUGGAGCGGGCGCAUAUUGAGCGCGAGAAGGCACGUGACAAGCACGAGAAACUGCUGAAGGAGGUGGAGCGAUUGCGUCUGCAGCAACAGUCGGCCAUCAGCCCUGGCGAUACGGUGCGCGCAUCGAUGUCGGCGGGCGAGCGCCAAGAGAUCGAUCGAUUGCGCGAUCGGCUCGAGAAGGCGCUACAGUCGCGCGAUGCCACCGAAUUGGAAGCGGGCCGUCUCGCCAAGGAGUUGGAGAAGGCGCAGAUGCAUUUGGCCAAACAGCAGGAGGCGAACGAAUCGACGCGAAUCGAAUUCGAACGCAUGUCUGCCGAACUCGGCCGCCUGCACGAUCGUCUCGAGAAGGCAGAGGCCGAGAAGGAGUCACUACGCCAAUCGGGACGCAAUGGCGCCGACAAACCGCAUCCACAACUGGAAAAGCACAUGCAGAAAUUGGAAGCCGAUUGCAAGCAGCUAGCCAUCGAACGCGAACAAUUGGUGCUGCAGCUAGAGAAGAGCCAAGAGAUUUUAAUGAAUUUCCAAAAAGAACUGCAAAAUGCCGAAACGGAAUUGCAGAAGGCGCGUGAAGAGAACCGCAAGCUACGCAACGGCCAUCCCGUGGCACCGGCGGCGCCAGCAGAAAUACAAGCCAUGCAACAAGAAAUCCAAAUGCUGCAACAGAAAUUGCAGGAAUCAGAAAAAGCGCUGCAGGGGGCCAGUGCCGCAGCUGGAGCGAGUGGCGCCAAUCGCGAAGAGGUCGAACAAUGGCGUAAGGUGCUCGAAGCGGAGAAGAAUCGCGCAGAAAUGGCCGACAAAGCCGCACAAGAAAUGCAUAAACGCAUACAAAUGAUGGACCAACACAUCAAAGAACAACAUCAACAAAUGCAGAAGAUGCAACAACAAAUAGCACAACAGCAACAACAACAGCAACAGCAGCAACAACAAGUCUCUGGUAAUGCCCAAGAAGUUUCGAAGGAGCUGGAGAAGGUGAAAGGUGAGUUGCAAGCUGCAUGCACGGAGCGCGAUCGCUUCCAGCAGCAACUGGAAUUGCUGGUACAAGAGCUGGAGAAGAGUCAGCUGUCGAACCAGGAGCAAGCGAAGCAGCUACAGACGUCACAACAGCAGGUUCAACAGCUGCAGCAACAGGUACAAAUGCUGCAACAACAAGUACAACAGCUGCAACAAGCUGGCAAUGCCGGCGCCGCUGCCACCGAUGUGCAACGCCAACAGCUGGAACAGCAACAAAAGCAACUGGAAGAGGUGCGCAAGCAAAUCGACAACCAAGCAAAGGCAACGGAGAGCGAACGCAAGAUUAUCGAAGAGCAGCGCAAACAAAUCGAAGCCAAACGCAAGGAUAUCGAAGAGAAGGAGAAGAAAAUGGCCGACUUCGAUGUGCAGCUACGCAAGCGAAAGGAACAAAUGGAUCAGUUGGAGAAAUCGUUGCAGACGCAAGGUGGCGGUGCUGCCGCAGCCGGUGAACUCAAUAAGAAACUCAUGGAUACACAGCGACAACUGGAAGCCUGCGUCAAGGAAUUACAAAAUACCAAGGAGGAGCACAAAAAGGCUACCACCGAAUGCGAACGAUUGCUUCAGUUGGUGCAAAUGUCCCAGGAGGAACAGAACGCUAAGGAGAAAACUAUUAUGGACUUACAACAAGCCUUAAAGAUCGCUCAAGCAAAAGUGAAACAAGCACAAACGCAGCAGCAACAAGACGCUGGACCAGCUGGAUUCUUGAAGAGUUUCUUCUAAGGAGUAUUACUUGAAAACAAUAAGCAUGCUAAACAAACAAGCAAACAAAGCACUUUACAUUAUUACAUUGUACAUUUAACUAACAGUAACCUCAGUAUUGAUUUCAUUAUAAUAAUGAACAAUGGACAUGAAUGUAUUGGAAAUCUUUUUUACUCAACUUUUUGCUGAUCGCUGUCUUUUUCUAAUUAUGGUUUUCUAACAAAAUAUGCCUAUUAAUGUUUACUAUCGUGAAUUAAGUGCUGUACUCAUUAUUCUUCAUACUAACUACUUGCUACUUAUCUACACAUACGUACAUAAUAUGAACAUGCAAAACAAGCAAAAUAGCAAACAAACCUACAAGCACUUGAAUGUCGCAAGAAGGAGCAUUUCGAAAGGAUAAACACUAUACAAAACACGGAACUGUUGGUUUAUUGGAUUGUUCAGCGCAUUGCCUCUUUGUAUGCAUAGGAUACUCCCAAUGGAUUAUCGAUUUUCGAAUAUACAGAUAUGUACAUAAAAACUUAUAAUUGCGUAUGCGGCAUGUAAAGUUGGAAGCAUACAUAUGUAUAUUUACGUAUACGUACAUAUGUAUGUACACGAGACAAAAUGGUAACAGAAAAAUUUGUAAUUUUUUUAGCGAAAUAUGAAGAGUCGAAAGAAACUAUUCGCUUACGCGUUGAUUUGACGAGAUCAGAAAGAACUUUUUUGGUGAGCACACAAAUGUGACUAAGCUAUGGAAAUGCAAUGCAAAGAAAAAAUUUAAAGCAAUGCAUAAGUAUAUGUAUUGAUGGUUAAAAAAAAAACACAUGCGUACAUGCAUAAAUGAGAAAUAGUUUGGGCAAAAUAACAAGAGUGUAGUAAAAUAGACGGAAUAUAUAGUAAAUAUAAAUAUUAGGAAAAAAUCAAGUAAAUACAUAAAUUAAAAAAUAUAUAAACUGUAUCCAAAGUUAUAGUUAGAUUAUUGAAAGGAGGUGAAAAUUUAUGAAAAACAAAUAAAUAAUGUAAAUACUAGAACAAAUUGUAGCAAAAAGAAAGCAACAAUACCUUUAUUUUAAAUGACUUAAAUUAAAUAAAUAUACAAAUAUAAAAAUUUACAUAGACUCAUAGUACAUAUACAUACAUACAUACAUAGAUACGUGUCCUGUAACAUGAAAGCAUAAACAAUACCAUAGGGGGCAUUAAUUGAAGAUGAAGCCAUGCCAUAAACUUCUGCUAACAAAUAAGUCAUGCAUAUACAAACAUAAUUCCAUAUACAUACAUACAUAGUGCAUAUACAUAAAUAUAUAAAAAAAA